GUGCUCCACUUUUCUCUAUAUCAUACCAAAGUUCAGGGAUACUCAGAUGACAAGUUUAUUUGAGAAAUUUUAUUAGACUUUUUUUUUAUUACUACUGCUUACGUCCAUCUAAAAACUAUUUUUGAUGUCAACAUUUGGCGUUAAACUUUCUUUAUUUUGGUCUAAACACCUGAGUUGGUUCUCUUUUCUUCAGGUGUACAAAAACCUUGGGGACUCAAAGUUCUGUGGCUUCUACGAACAGUUGAAACCCUCACUCAUGGUGGCUGAGCCUGACUUAGUGAAGACUGUCUUGAUCAGAGACUUCGACCACUUCGUUGACCGUCGAAGAGUCAAGUUUACUUCAGAGAGGGACGAGAUCUUUAACCAGCUACUGAGCAGGGCGUCCGGAGACCACUGGAGGAGCCUCCGGUCCAUACUCUCCCCUAACUUUACCACCGGCAGGAUGAAGGGCAUGUUUAACCUAGUGGCGUUGAAGGCUGAUGCUCUGCUGGAUUAUAUAAACAGAAAGCUGAAGACCCAGCAGAUGAUAACCUUGAAGAGGUGUUUUGGUCUGUACACCUUGGAGGUCAUUUCCUCCUGCGCCUUCGGCAUGGAAACCAACUCCUUGGCUGACGAGAAUUCCGUCUUCAAUACCAUGACGGAAAAUCUCUUCAAGCCGCCCACAACAGCUAUGCGUAUAAAGUACAUCCUCUUUCGUAUGUAUCCUCAGUUCUGCGAAGCUCUGAAGAUUAACUUCACACAACCAGAGAUAGAUUUCUUCAAGGAGGUGGUUCAAGAGGCCUUAGAGCAGAGGGAGAAGGGAGGGCAUAGAGGUGACUUUCUUGACCUCAUGAUGGAAGCUAGAGACAAUAACAAGAAAGAAUCAGCCAUCGGAUCACUCAAGUAUCCUGUGACGAACAGUACAGUGGCAGCACAGUCAGUGCUGUUCCUCCUGGCUGGGUAUGACACUACUGCCAACGCUCUCUGCUUCACUACGUUUCUGUUGGCCCAACACCCCGAGCAACAGCAGCGCCUGCGGCGGGAGUUGAAGGAACUCAUCCUCAGGCAUGACACAUUCACCUAUCAAGCCAUAAUGGAUGCCAAUUAUCUGGACGCUUGUAUUUCAGAAUCCUUGCGGCUGUAUCCCCCCGGGACACUUCACAGAACGGCAGUGCACCAAGCAGUACAGGUGAGGCAUAGUCGCGCUCUCUCUAAUGGAGGAGUUUUUGCAAUAUUUGAAGACAAGUGGAGUGUAAACCUGGCAGUCACUGACCAAGACUCUCCUAAGUUCUCACUCGUUCACAAGUCUGGCGACUCUAUACUACCUGGCACUGACGUGGUCGUCCCAAGGAGCACUAUGGUAUUUGUCCCCAUCUGGAGUCUUCACCACGACCCCCGCUACUGGUCUCAGCCCAGCGCCUUCCUCCCAGACCGAUUCUUGCCAGAAAACAGAGACAAGGUCGUGAGUGCUGCAUACCUGCCCUUCGGUCUGGGUCCCAGGAACUGCAUUGGGAUGCGCUUCGCCUUGAUGGAAGCUAAGCUGGCACUAGCCAAGGUCUUCCUUGAGUUUGAAGUGAGUUGCGUUCCGGGUCAAGACCAUCUGAUUCUCAGUCAACAGUUGGGUCUGAUGAGGCCCUCCAGUGACCUGAGCCUCGUCUUCACACCACUUGACAAACACUGAAGACAAUUCUUGACUCAGUCAAACCUUCUUUCUUCUUGUUCCAUUCUUCUUUUUCUUUGUCUUCUUCUUCUUAAUUAAAGAAGGUAAUACAGUGGGAGCAAUUAGAAAAAUCAUAAGCGACGACACAGUUGCUCCCAGAGAUGAGGUCACAGGUCAAGCACUAAGAGACAAGCACCCAACUAGGUAGACCAGAGUCGCUAACAACAACCCCGAUGAUCCCAUCACUGGACAGUUAAUUUUGCCAGAAUCAGAAGUUUUAAAUCGACAGUAUUUCCAGCAGGAUCUGCAAGAGGUUGCACUGGAAUACGACCACAACACAUCAAAGAGAUGGCAAAUCCAGUACUUGACACAGCUGCAUCAGUUCUUCUUUCUGAAUUAACAACCUUCAUCAUCCGUCUGGAGGGACGGAUUUCUAAAGAAAUUAAAUC